AUGAAGUUGUUAGAGCUGCGGAGCAACGAUGACGUCGUGUUACAGAGGUGGUUGACACGCACAACUUCAUACACAAGCGUUGCCGUGCAAAACGAACUGUUAAAAAUCAUGGCACACAUGGUGCUGCGAAAUAUUUGCAAGAACGUGGGCCUUUUUGCAGUCAUUGUCGACGGAACCCAAGACAUCCAAGGCGUUGAACAGGAGGCAAUAUGCGUGCGAUAUAUAGACGACGCUUACGACGUUCACGAGGACUUUAUCGGUCUGUACAGCGUAUCUGAGAUGACUGGUGCCAGCCUCAGCAAUAUGCUGCAAGACGCUUUGCUCAGACUCGACCUCCCAAUCACGCAUCUGAGAGCGCAAACGUAUGACGGAGCCAGCAAUAUGUCGGGCAAAUACCAAGGCUGCCAAGCACUGAUCAAGAAAGUACAACCACUGGCAAACUACACGCAUUGCGGUGCACGCAUCACGCACCUCAUCUGUGCGAAGGCCAUCGAGAGUGCACCGUUCCUUCGCGAUGCUCUUAACGUGGUGCAGGAACUGGGCGGCUUCUACAACUCAUCAGGCAAAUUUAAAAAUUUGUAUCUCGAUCUGCAAGUUAUGGAUGAUAGCCCUUCCCCUUCACGCCUGAAGCCGCUUUGUCCAACACGCUGGCUGUCACGUGGGAUUGCCGUUAGAGCCGUCCUUAGCAACUACGCACACGUGCUGGAGGCACUGAAUGAGGCAUCAUCUACAUUUGGCAGCAGCACAGCAGACGUGAUGGUCUGUCAUGUGCACAGAAAUCGUCUUGCCGAGUGCACUGCACGAGAUAUCGCAAUUGAAUUUGUCGAUGGAUCGAGCGAUACACGGCGUAGUGUUUUUGGGAAAUUUUAG